GAGCUGCCGUCGGCUGGGCGCGGGGGGCGGGGCGGGCCGGCACCCCGGGGCGCGGCGCGGCGGAGCGCGCCCGGCUUCUCUCUCCCUCUCUCUCUCUCCUCUUCCGCCGCACUCGGCAGUCCCAGGGCGGCCCCCGCUCCGCUGCUCCACGCCGCUCUCUCCUCUCUCGGCCCCGCAGCAGCCAAACAAACUUUUCGGUCCCUGCCCGCUCCUCGCCCCGUUAUUCGUCGUGGCUCGAGGCCGGCCGCGCCGCCCCGAGGGCUCCUCCCGACCUCCCCGCCUGCACCUCCGAGCUUUCGCGGACCCAGAAACAUGUCGACCACACUUCUGUCCGCCUUCUACGAUAUCGACUUCUUGUGCAAGACGGAGAAAUCCCUGGCGAACCUCAGUCUGAACAGUAUGCUGGACAAGAAGGCGGUGGGGACGCCCGUGGCUGCCGCCGCCCCCGCCCCCAGCUCGGGCUUCGCGCCCGGCUUCCUCCGACGGCACUCGGCCAGCAACCUGCACGCACUCGCCCACCCCGCGCCCAGCCCCGGCAGCUGCUCGCCCAAGUUCCCGGGCGCCGCUAACGGCAGCAGCUGCGGCAGCGCGGCGGCGGGGGGCGGCCCGGCCUCCUAUGGCGGCCUCAAGGAGCCGUCGGGGGGCGGCGGCGCAGGCACGGCCCUGCUCAACAAGGAGAACAAAUUCCGGGACCGCUCGUUCAGCGAGAACGGCGAGCGCAGCCAGCACCUCCUCCACCUGCAGCAGCAACAGCAGCAGCAGCAACAGCAGAAGGGGGGCGGCGGCUCCCAGAUCAACUCGACCCGCUACAAGACCGAGCUGUGCCGGCCCUUCGAGGAGAGCGGCACGUGCAAGUACGGCGAGAAGUGCCAGUUCGCGCACGGUUUCCACGAGCUGCGCAGCCUGACGCGGCACCCCAAGUACAAGACGGAGCUGUGCCGCACCUUCCACACCAUCGGCUUCUGCCCCUACGGGCCGCGCUGCCACUUCAUCCACAACGCAGACGAGCGGCGACCCGCGCCGUCGGGGGGCGGUGCCUCCGGGGACCUGCGCGCCUUCAGCGGGCGCGAUGCGCUGCACCUGGGCUUCCCGCGCGAGCCGCGGCCCAAGCUGCACCACAGCCUCAGCUUCUCGGGCUUCCCGUCCGGCCACCACCAGCCUCCGGGCGGCCUCGAGGCCCCGCUGCUGCUCGACAGCCCCACGUCGCGCACGCCGCCACCGCCCUCCUGCUCCUCGGCCUCGUCCUGCUCCUCCUCCUCCGCCUCCUCCUCCUCGUGCUCUUCGGCCUCGGCGGCCUCCACGCCCUCGGGCGCCCCGACGUGCUGUGCCUCGGCGGCGGCGGCGGCCGCAGCGGCAGCCGCGCUGCUCUACGGCACGGGGGGCGCCGAGGACCUGCUGGCCUCCGGCGGCGGCCCCUGCGCCUCCUGCUCGGCGGCCUCGUGCGCCAACAACGCCUUCGCCUUCGGCCCGGAGCUGAGCAGCCUCAUCACGCCGCUCGCCAUCCAGACGCACAACUUCGCCGCCGUGGCGGCCGCCGCCUACUACCGCAGCCAGCAGCAGCAGCAGCAGCAGCAGGGCCUGGCGCAGCCCCCGGCGCCGCCCAGCGCGCCCCUCCCCGCCGCGCCGCCCUCGCCGCCCUUCGCCUUCCAGCUGCCGCGCCGCCUGUCCGAGUCGCCCGUGUUCGACGCGCCCCCCAGCCCCCCGGACUCGCUGUCGGACCGCGACAGCUACCUGAGCGGCUCGCUGAGCUCCGGCAGCCUCAGCGGCUCCGAGUCGCCCAGCCUCGACCCUGGCCGCCGCCUGCCCAUCUUCAGCCGCCUCUCCAUCUCCGACGACUGAGGCAAGAGGGCGCCAGUGAGGAGGAAGGGAAGGGGAGGCCGCUCUGGGGGUGCUAGUUGCAGGGCGCGCCCCCCUCCUCAGUCCCCUGCCAGCAGCACCGCCACCACCCCGCUGGAGUUCCCGAGGGGUGGGGGGGGACUUAGGGGGGCGGACAGAGGCCUUGGCCCCACCGAGCACUUGGGACUCGAACUCCCCGUGCGAGGGAGGAGGGGGCUUGCACCUCCUCCCCCCGCCCCUUUUCGGUUUCCUCUCUUUUUGUUUGUUUUAUUAUUAUUAUUAUUUUUAUUAUUAUUACAAAGUUUCACGUCUUGUUGAGCAACGGAAAAGCCAACGAACUUUUUUGUAUGGAUGAACAAGAAACUCGCAACAGGGCAGUUGUGAUGCGAAUAGAACAAAAAAAAAAAAGAAAAACCUUGAAACUGUUUUAGGUCUCUGAGUUUGGGGCUCCAGGAAAAAAAUAACAGCCCAACACCAGCAGCUGCCAGCCACCAUUCCAUGUCUUCACUUGAAAUACCUUCCUUCCAGUCCAGAUGUGGCCUGCCUCCCUCGAAGGCCCCAACUGUGAGACCAGCCAGCCACCACCUUUACUAACCAAUAAGCUUUUAGAAACCCACACUCUGCCAAGAAUAUGCCUUGAUGGGAACCCGUACUUAACCCCAUGGGGUUUUCUUUUUUUUUUAAGCAUAGUUAGGUAUUUGGGGAAAGAAAAAACCUUGCAUUCCAAAGUUUCCUACUGGUUUGGGGUUCCUUGCCAUCACUCUGGCUGUUUAGUUUAGACCCAUUUUUGUCUGCUCUCUCUGGAAGUCUUGGCCAGAGCUUUGUAAUUGUUGGGGAAUAACUGCUGAAUUUUUAGCUGUUUUGAGUUGAUUCGCACCACAACUCAUGAAAACUAUUUAACUUAUUUAUUAUCUUGUGAAAAGUAUACAUUGAUAAUUUUGUUCAUACUGUAUUUAUCAAGUAUGAUGAGAAGCAAUAGAUAUAUAUUCUUUUAUUAUGUUAAAUUAUGAUUGCCAUUAUUAAUCGGCAAAACGUGGAGUGUAUGUUCUUUUCACAGUAAUAUAUGCCUUUUGUAACUUCACUUGGUUAUUUUAUUGUAAAUGAGUAAAACAAAUCUUAAUUUAAGAGAUUGUAUGUUAAUAUUUAUUUCAUUAAUUUCUUUCCUUGUUUACGUAAAUUUUGAAAGAUUGCAUGAUUUCUUGACGGAAAUCUACCUUGAUGCUGUGGAAGUAGUUGUGAGGAAUAUCCUAUGAGUUUUCUUAGAAUGUAUAAUGGUUGCAGCCCAUCCAGGUGUAAAGAAAAAGAUGACCACACUGCUGCAAGCAGGCUCCAGUGUGGCAUGCUUUUCUAAUUCCAACUUUA